GAGCUGAACUGGUUCACCAUGGGCAUGGCUGAGGAGGUGAAGGAGAAGCUGAGGGUCAUCCAGCACAAGGUGAAGAUCUUCAAGCAGCAGCAGUUCAUCUUCGUUGCUGCUCUGGAGAGAUCACGGGAGCAUGCGCGCCACAAGACCCAGCCAGUCUCUUCUGUUGCACAGGUUCAGGCUUACAUGGACCACCACUGCAGUAAUGUUACAGAUCACCGCAUUUUCUCACUCUUCCUGGAGAUUGUGGGUGAACUCGAUGAGCUACUGCAACUUUUGGCAGCCCAAGGGAGCAAGUCUGCUGGCAGCAGCCUGGAAGCAUGCAAGGCACUUCUCAGGCCCAGCUUUGACAUCAGCAAGCUUCGGGCUAGUUACCUGCAUGAUGAGGUGAACCGGCUGAGUUGCAAUGAGGCGAGAAACUACUAUGGUGGAGUGGUGAGCCUGAUUCCUUUAGCACUGGAACAUCUGACAAAGGCAGCCAGCUCCAACACUGUCCAAUACUGGGAGGAUAUCCAUGCCAGCACCCCAAAAUCUGAAUUUCUAAAGACUGCAUCUCAGCAACAUUCUGGCAGCUUUGAAAGAGAGAAAGUGUCUGAUGAAGCCACAGCUACAGGGAACAAGUGUGAUCAUUCAAGUAAACCUGUUAGCAAAAGGCUAGGAAGAUGGCACAUGGGCAAACCAGCCUGGAGACCACCAGGACGAACAAGGAUCUAAAGUUCUACAUAUUUUAUGUAAAUGUGAUUAUUACAUUCAUGAUUGCUUUAUUUCAUGAGCUACCUUGCAUGUAAUGUUAAAGAAGCUGUAGCUGUGAGAGUGAAACAGACCAGUAAUUUGUCAUUCCGUUUAAGUCCAAGUGUAUUUACUAUUGUUGAUAUAAGUGUAUUAUUUGUGCUUGAGAAAAGCAAACUUGCAACCUUGUAAUAGUGACAACUACCAUAUUCUUGGACACAAAAUGUGUUUUUCUUAUAGGCAUUCAUUUAAAAGUAUUUCUCAACCUCUUUCAUUUGUUCAUAACAGGCUAGAAGUAGGGAACUUUACAGUUACUGACUGUUCACACUCUAGUGUGAACUAAGAAUUGUAAAUAAAUUAGGAAUCAUGGCUCCAGAAUAAAAAAACACUUUAACCAAUACCCAUUUAUCAGCCAAACCAAAAUACAAAAAUCAAAGAUGACAAUGCAAUAAUGGAAAAUAAAGAUACCAAAAGAAAAAACCAAGUGCAAAACAUUGGAUUAUUUUAUUUAUCAUUCACAGUUAAACACAAGCAACUGCUUUCAGAACUAGAAUGUUCAGAACUCACUAUGCCACACCCAUGAAGGAAUCCCCAUUAAUGAUCAUUUCAGAUUGUACCGUACCAUAGUCCCUUGGUUCACCAUAGUUCUAUUGGCAUUAAAAGUGAAUUGUUGUGCAUGCUUAGAAUAGAAAGGCAGACUGUAUAACCGCAAACGUUCAGUGGACAACAGGAUUUGUAUUAAGAAAAGAAUAUUUUAAUCUAACGAUUAUGGAAUACUGCUUUUUUCCCUUUAAAUCUAUUAA